AUGUCAAAUUUGUAAUUAUAAACUGAUGAAAAUUGUGAUAUUAGUUUAUCAUAAAUUGAAAAUAUGCUUGACUAAAGUGAAAUUGAGCCUUAGACUAAAUGUAAAAACAUCGAAACUAAAUAUUGUAAACAACAAACCUAUUUUAGAUAUUAAUAGCACUGUGAUAAGCAUAAGCAAUUCAAUUAAACUUUUAAGUGAUGAUUUUAGUGAAUUUAAUGUACCAAGUCAUUAUCUACCUCCAAAUAUAUAAGUAGGAAAUGUGUUUUAAAUAACUUUUCAAAGAAAUAGAUCAGCAGAAAAUAAAUUAAAAAAUUAGAUUCAAUAAAUCUCUAAGAGUGUUAUGAAUGAUUAAUGA